CCGGCGAUGCACCUCCUAUAUAAGUCCAGCACAGGGAUCCACGUUCCGCAGUACGCAGCUUUGUAUCGGCACGUAGCGGUUUGGUGCAUACCCGUCUUACGCGUGCUUGGCGUAAAGGGAACAAGCGAAUCAUGAUAAAGACGGCCGUCAUCGCGUUGUGCCUUGUCCAGUGGGCCAGCUGCCAGUUCCCGCAGUUCCCGCAGCGAUUCCUUCCGCAGGCGUUGCCCAAGCCCGUUCUCGUGCCCGUGGUGACCGGCGCCGGGCCGGUUCCCCCGGGCUGGUCGCCGUACAGCUUCGCGUACGACGCGCCGGGCGCCGACGGCUCGAGCUCGCGCAGCGAGUCCGGCGACGCGCAGGGCCGCGUCACCGGCUUCUACACCCUGACCACGGCCGAGGGCUCGAGACGCCGCGUCAGCUACGUGGCCGACGAAAACGGCUUCCGCGCCACCGUCGACACCAACGAGCACGGCACCGCCGACGAGGCGCCGGCCGACGUUGUCUGGAGGUCCACCGCCCCCAAGGUCCACGGCGGAGGCAUAGUAACGCGACCAGCGGGUGCUUCCGGAGCCCAGGCCGCCUUCUAUCCCGCCGGACAGGUGCAGCAGCAGCCCUUCAAGUAUCCCUUCUCCAAGGCGUGAUGGCCGAGACGGGCUGCCGGUUGCAUGGCCACGAAUCGAGAACUCGAGCGAAGUGCGUUGUGAAGACAAGAGGCUGGCCGGCAUGCAACGCCCGCGGUGGGACGCAUGCGCAGUCGUGACGCGAAUGGUGCGAGAGGCCUUCAAUAAAAGCCGUCCAGAGACA